CAUACAUUCUGACAUUAUUGAUGAUGGGGAGAACACAGCAGGCCCAUCCCUUCAUCUUCUGGGAAGAAUGGGGUACCAUCAAUGCUGUGUGGCACACAUACCUGGGGCUAUAGCGCCUUUAAACCUGCGUGGAAACACCAAUGCUGUGCCUGUGGUACAGAUGACCCAACAAGCCUGGUCACCCACAGUACGAGAGGUUAAAGACAAGGAUGCACCAUCCCUCCCUCCUGUCAGUCCAUCUCCUCCGAAGCAGCAUCAACCAUAGGCCCCUAUAGUGGAGAAAGUGGAUGAUGAGGAUGCUUUGUUCAAAGGAGAGCAGGGAACAAAUGCAGACUCCAAUUAAACAAUCAUUCACACCACCACCCACAACUUCUGAUGCAAAGGCUGCACUGGCAGAUGCUACUUAGAUUUUGCACCCAAAGUGGAAAUCCGGGAUUGGUCACAAUCCUUUUGAAGGAGAUGAGCUCCUCCAAAAGCGGCUUCAGAUGGUCAAAAUGUGCCUGUGGAUUUACACGGACAAGUC